AUGGCGUUAUCGUGGCGAUCUGGUCUCAGGAUUUUCGUUCUCCUCAUCCUUGUAGCUGCAAUUGUCUUAGCUUGCUAUUUUCUCCCCGUCGAGCAGCUUUUGAAGGAUUUUUUGCUAUGGGUUGAACAAGAUUUAGGUCCUUGGGGACCUCUUGUCCUAGCUGUUGCGUACAUUCCUCUCACAGUUUUGGCUGUUCCUGCCUCUGUUCUCACGCUCGGUGGUGGCUACCUUUUUGGGCUGCCAAUUGGUUUUGUAGCAGACUCGGUUGGUGCUACGCUUGGCUCAGGAGCAGCGUUUCUUCUAGGCCGUACGAUUGGAAAACCUUUUGUAGUUGCAAAGUUGAAGGAUUAUCCUCAAUUUCAGUCGGUUGCACUUGCGAUUGAGAAAUCCGGUUUCAAGAUAUGCUUGCUGCUCCGGCUUGCUCCUCUUCUACCCUUCAGCAUGUUGAACUACCUUUUGUCUGUAACGCCCAUUACGCUGGGGCCAUACUUGCUUUCUUCUUGGUUAGGGAUGAUGCCAAUAACGCUUGCAUUAGUAUAUGUUGGAACAACUCUGAAAGACCUUUCUGAUGUGACUCACCAGUGGAGCGAUUUCUCUAUAAGUCGCUGGGCCUUCUUGAUUUCGAGCCUUAUAGUAUCCGUGAUAUUGAUGGUUUGUGUUACAAAGGUGGCGCAGAACGCUUUGAGAAAAGCUUUAGCAGAGCACGGAGGAGACCUGAACAGCGCGGUUGCAGCCUCGCCGGAGCUUCCCGUAACGACUGAGGCUUCGACGGAUUUAAAUGAGCCUCUCUUAAUAAAGAUAGAUUCUCAAUCACCUCCUCAAGACCGAGAAAACAACCAUAGUGUCAUCAUUAAAGAAGCUGCUGGUUAA